AUGGAGGCUCCUGCCAACCCCCGGAAGAAGAUGGUGAAGCAACUGACCGGGAAACGGGAAGACACAGCGCUGCAUUCUGCGGCUAGAGCAGGGCAGAUUGUGGCUAUUAGGAGCAUCAUCGAUGGUACUGAGGGAGAGGAAGAGCUUAGUGCUUUGCUGUCGAAGCAGAACUCAGCUGGUGAGACGCCGUUGUUCGUUGCUGCUGAGUAUGGCUACUUGGAGGUGGUGCGGGAGAUAAUCAGCCACUACUCUUUAGCCGAUGCAGGAAUCAAAGCCAAGAAUGGAUUUGAUGCCCUCCACAUUGCUGCCAAGCAAGGCGAUUUGGGAGUGGUGAAGGUGUUGAUGGAGUCGCAUCCGGAGCUAUCUAUGAUGGUUGAUUCAUCGAACACGACAGCUCUGCAUACAGCGGCGACGCAAGGGCACAUGGAAAUAGUGGAGUACUUGUUGGGGUGGGAGAGAAAUCUGGCUACUAUAGCCAAAAGAAAUGGCAAAACAGCACUCCAUUCUGCAGCAAGAAACGGACAUUUAGGCGUUGUCGACGUCCUUCUGGAGAAGGAGCCCUGGAUCACUACACGAACCGAUAACAAGGGCCAGACCGCACUCCACAUGGCCGUUAAAGGCCACAAUACUCAUGUGGUUGAAAAGCUUAUCACGGUCGAUCCCUCCACCAUCAAUAUGCUCGACACUAAAGGAAACACUGCUUUGCACAUCGCCACUCGCAAAGGCAGAGCUCAGAUUGUGAAAAUGCUGCUCGACCGGAAAGAAACAGACACGAAGCUAGUCAACAAGACUAACGAAACAGCCAUGGACACUGCAGAGAAGCUCGGGCAGGGAGAGGCAGGGGCCAUCCUGCAGAAGUACGGCGUGGUGAGCGUGAAGAAAAUCAAGCCCGACCCAGCAAGGCGGGCGCGCGAGCUCAAGCAGACGGUGAGCGACAUCAAGCACGAGGUCCACGGCCAGCUGGAGCACACGCGCCAGACGAGGAGGCGAGUGCAGGGGAUCGCGAAGCGGCUCGACAAGAUGCACGCGGAAGGGCUGAACAAUGCCAUCAACUCGACCACGGUGGUGGCGGUGCUCAUUGCCACGGUGGCGUUCGCGGCCAUCUUCACUGUCCUGGGGCAGUACACGGACGACCCGCGGGACCUGGCCCCGGGGGUGUCUCUCGGUGAGGCAAACGUAGCGCCGCAGCUGCCGUUCCUCGUCUUCUUCCUGUUCGACUCGUUUGCGCUCUUCAAAUCGCUGGCGGUGGUGGUGGUGCAGACGUCGGUGGUGGUGAUCGAGUGCAAGGCAAAGAAGCAGAUGAUGGCGAUCAUCAACAAGCUCAUGUGGCUGGCGUGCGUGCUCAUCUCGGUGGCGUAUAUGGCGCUGGCGUUUAUAGUGGUGGGGAGGAAGGAGCGGUGGCUGGCUAUUGGGGUGGCGGUGAUCGGAACCACAAUACUGGCGACGACGUUAGGCACCAUGUGUUAUUGGGUGGUUGUGCAUCGGAUUGAGGCGAAGAACAAGAGGAGUUUGAGAAGGAAAAGCUCUCGAGGCACCAGAUCCCGGUCGAUAUCGGCGCUGUCUGAUUCUGAUGUUGAUUUCAAGAAAAUGUAUGCAAUUUGA